UUACAGACAGAAUUGAUCUCACAGAAAGAUGUGGUUGUGGUACAAGAGGUGGUCAUGUCACAGGGGGAAGUACUUUCUUGACAGGAUCAUGAGGGCUAUAGGAGGUGAAUCUCCACGCAUGAUCAUGGAAAGCAUUGCUGAUGUUUUGUUCUGCCUUUCUAAACACUAUCUGGAACAAAUUAGAAUGUGGUCACAAGAUUUUGUCACCAAAGAGGGCUACCCGAGUGUACGAUGUACGGGCGAUGACAAAGAUAGAUUUAUAAAGGCUGUUCUCAGGGAAAGAACUAGUAAGACGAAGGUACGAGCUUUAGUGAAGGAGUUCACGCUACUCUGUCGAGGCUUACUAGGAACAGAGUACGCAUCUCAAAUGGCAGAACUGAUGUGAUAUUUACCAUCUUAUGAAGAUAGAACAUUUAUUUAUUGACAGAUCAAAUGCCAGCAAAAAAUAUAGUAUAUUUAUUUCAGUAGAUCUAGAUGCCUGUAAGGUUUAGAUAUAGGAUUUGAAUGAAAUGUUUUCGUAACCGUAGUAACAUGAUGAAUAAAGUAACGACACUGUUUAAAGUAUAAUAUCAUGUUAAAAAUGUUAAAAAAUUGUAAAUUUCAUAUAAAGCAUUAUGCUUUUGUUAUAAUAAUGUAUAUUUUUAAACAUUUUGAGGUGUUGUUUUGAAAUGUCAAUGUUAAAACUAGGGCAAAAAGAAACAGACAUUUGAAUUAUUGCAUAAUUAGCUUUAUUAUUUCGUGUUGUGUUGUACAAUUUAUUAUGAAAAGUGCUUACAUGAGUAUUGCUAAAUUUAGAGAGAAAAAAUGUUAAAAUUACCUGAAAAGUGCUAAUAUUUGUAGAAGUGCUACUAAAAAAUGAUUAUGUUAUAUAAAAGAUUUAUGUGCUAAAUUUGGCUAAAAUGCUAAAUUUGAUUGUAAAGUGCUAAAUGUAAUUAAUAAUUUAGUAGAUAAUAUUUAAUGUUAAAAUAUUUUUGCUAUAAGUAACUAGACUUGCUCAGUGUAGCAGAAAUGCUAAAUUUGAUUUAAAAAGUAUUAAUAGAGAGACUAAUAUCAAAUGAUAAUGUUGUAAAAAUAAUGCAAAUAGUUUAAUAAUAAUAAUAAUAACAGUUCUGGUUCAAGCAAGGAAUGGACUUUGUAUAUAAAUGAACAAAUGCUCCAUUGUCAAUGGAAACUCAAGCCAUUAAAACGAAAAUUUUAAGUGCAUGCUUAAAAUUCAAUAUAGGGCAAUUUCGAUCUUGCCAGACACCUCAAGAGUUAGGUGCAAAUUGACUGGCCUCAACAUUUUGUUCUUGUGAAAGCUUUUCUACAGAUUAACAUUUAGACCUCUAGUUUUUUUAAAUGGACUUUUCCUGCUUUGAAUUUGGGACAGUUCAUUGUGAGUGUGGGGGAUAUUGAUAUCAUAAUGUUAAAUUAGGUAGUCAACAGUAAUAGAGUCUGGUCAGACUGCAGUAUAUUGAUGACAUUUGUUAGGUAUAUGCGUUAUUAUCACUAUAAUCUAUGUUUAAAAGUUUAAUGGUAUAAGAUGAAACAUUUGAUAGGAAUGGGAAAUUGUUUCAUUGGAAUAGUUUGAUAA